AUUCCUAUUGAUUGAAUUCCUAAUUCAUACUUCCUUCAUUAAAAUAAAAAACAAUUUUUUUUAAUGUUAGAUAGAAAAUAAGAAAAAUAAUGGCUACAUUGCCUAAAACUAGUAUAUAAAACCGAUGAAAAAAAAAUGAUCACCGUUCUUUUUGUCGGAGUGGUGCUCAGAAAUGUUUUGGUGGCUUAUCAUAUAGAAGAAAAUUUACAUGCUAAUUUAUUCCGGAACUAUGAUCCUGAUUUUAAACCGAAUAAAAAUGUUAAUUUAACAUUUGACAUAGCUUUAUCGAAAUUGUUAAAACUGAACGAAAAAAAUGAAGUGCUUCAUUUAUAUGUAUGGGUAAGACAAUACUGGCACGAGAAACAUUUUCAAUGGAAUGCUAGUGACUGGGAAGGUAUCAGUAGUGUGACAGUCAGUUCAAAUAGAAUAUGGAAACCAGAUAUAACUCUUUACAACAAUGCAGAUGCAGAAUUUCAAGGUUUGGAUGUUUAUGGAAAAACAAAAGCUACAAUCAAUAAUGAUGGCAGCAUUAUUUGGUUAUUACCAAUUAUCUUGAGAAGUAGCUGCAAAAUUGAUACAAAAUAUUUUCCUUUUGAUGAACAAAAAUGUCUACUUAUUUUUGGAUCUUGGUCAAAUGAUUACAGAGGUAUUGAUAUCUAUCCCAAAAAUUCCAGAGGCGAUUUAUCAAAGCUAAAUGAAAAUGGACAGUUUAUUAUUAGUGGAUUUGAUGUUACUCGACGUCUAGAAAACUUUACUUGUUGUUUUUAUCCUUUUGUUACAUUAACGUACGAAAUAAUCAUUCAACGAAGAGCGAAAUUUUAUUUGUUUAAAAUUAUACUUCCUGGAAUUUAUAUUGCUUUACUGUCUUGCUUUUCUUUUGUAAUUCCUCCAGUUACUGGAGAGCGAGCUAGUUUGGUUAUGGGAAAUUUUCUUUCAUUAUUAGUUUAUGUGCUUAUUAUUUCUGACUCCGUACCUGCUAGUUCUGAUUCGUUGCCGCUUCUUGUAAUAUUCUAUAAAAUAUUAUUGUUUGUAAUCGGACUUGCGUUAACGGCGAGCUGUCUAAUUUAUUAUAUGUGUGUAAAAACUGUACCUGUACCAAAAUGGCUUAAAGUCAUUUUUUUACAAAAUCAUUUUGUAAACUUAUAUCGUAUUAUCGCAGCAAAAUAUUGUCGAAGUAAGAAGAGCUCAAUAAAAUUUGGUUGUAAAAACCAAAAAAGAACGUCUACUAACAGUCAUGUUAUCACAAGUCAUAGUCCUAAGUUUUACAGCAUUCAUCAUGAUCGAAAUCUUUUGGAUUUGAAAAAAAUUUAUGGUAUAACAAAAAGCUGUGACAAAAAUGAGAUAACUUAUCUUAAGCAUAUUGAAGAAUAUUUAAAUAGUUUUAGUUUGAGAGAUAGUAUUCGUAGUGAUUGGGAAGAUAUUGCUUACGUACUUGAUAAACUCCUAUUAUAUGGGUUUACGUUACUUAUUGGAAUUAGCGUUAUUUUUAUUUUUGCGUAUCCGCCAAAUGUUGUAUUUUAAUGAUGUGUUUAAAUAAAUCAUUUUUUUACAAAA